CAGCUGGACCAAGAUUUAUGUACACCAAGUACAGGAGAAAAACAAAAAGACCCAAUACAAAGAUGGAAAGCUGGAAAAUAAACAUGGAUACAUAUUUCUUCUUGUAUUGUCCUCCAACCACAGCUCUCUUUCCCCUCAAACAAAAACAAAAUUCCCACAAAUACCCUUCACCUCUUCUAUCCCAUCUUCCAUCACUUCUCCUUCAAUGGGUCUUUUUGGCUUCUCACAUUCAUCAAGGUGUUUCAGAAGAUACACCGAACCUUCUCUCUCCUUAUUGUUACCUUUCUCGUUUUUCUUUUCCUUUUAAUCUCAUUAGGUCUCGAGUCCUCAUUCCCUUCUUUCAAUUGGGUUUCCUCUGUUUUCUUUGAUUUGUCGUCAAGCUUUGAUCUUUCAUAGAAGUUGUGAGGAAUUUUUUUUUUUUUUAUUCUCUCGCCUAAAGUUUCAAUUUUUGAUUUCCUUGUUCUUGUGGAAUUUGGAUUCGGUUCUGGAUGUAGUGGAAUUGAGUUCAUGUUCUCUCCUUAUUUAAUAAUCGAGGGUUAUAAUUUUUCAUCAAAUUUCAAUUUUUGACUCUGAGAUUCAAUUUUGCUGGAUAUGAUGAAAAGGGUCCCUUUGUACCCUCAUCAACCGAAUUCUAUGGAUAAUCAAGCCAAGGCACGGUCCAAGCAUCAAACCCUACUGGAGGACUACUUGGAAUUGCAAAAGGACUUUGUUUCAAUGAAGAAAAAGUUGCAGAAGAAGAAGCAGGAAAGAGAAACCCUUUGGGCUGAAGUUAGGUUUUUGAAACGGAGGCAUGAGUAUUUAACAAUGUUAGAAUCCCAGAAAUUAGAACUUGAGCAAUAUUCUGUUGAACCCCAAGAUAGCAAAAUGCUUGCAAAGGACAACAGUCAUGGUGCAGAUGGAACUCCUGGGAAUAAGAUAUCUUCUCCUCCUGCUUUGAACUCUGCUGCGGUUGAGGAAAAGGGGAAUAGGGGAAAUAAAAAGGAAGCUCAGGAUCCAUUGAGAGUGGAGAAGAAGCGAAAGGGUUCUUUGAUCAGCCGCAAGAAAGUUGAAAAGAAGAAAAUUUCAUGGCAAGAUCCAGUGGCUUUGAGGAUCUAAUAGCUAAUCUUUUUCGAUAUGGUUGACAGAGAAGUUGGGCUGGGACAAAGCCUGCAAAACCAUCCUUCCAUGAAGGGAAACCGUUCAUUGGCUUUCAUGCAGAUCAUUAUUAUUUUUCCCCUUUGUUCUUCAAUAUAAACUGUGAGGAGAAACAAUUCUUUAGUUUGGUAUACAUGCAAAAUGUAAAAAGCACCCAUUCAUUGAUUGAAUGCUGAUAGUUCUGGUUAUAUAUCUGAUUCCCAAAACUGGAAAUGUUACAUCAUG